AUGUCGAGUGUGGAGCGGGUAAAGUGCUGGCUAAUCCAAGGUCGAGGUUGGACCUCUCCGGGGUGUGACGAGGCGGACGCCGCCGGUCAGCAGCCGUUGCAAACCGCAACCCGCCGACGCCGAUCGGGCCGGAGGCCAACAUCCAUCAGUGCUCCCCGUAUGUGGUUUGUUGCUGACGCAUGCGCAAAGACAUGGGUCGGUGUCAAGGUCCAGACAGAUGCGAUGUAA